CGUGCAUGAAGUCUUGCAAAGGGAUAGUUUACAUGCGUUUCAGAUAAACUAAUUUCAGUACGGCGAAAAGAAAGGAUUACCCCAUUUGAAUCAGGCAAAUGCUAAACAAUGUGGAUAAAAGAAGAAUUUUGAAAAAGAAUUACACAUUAUUUAUACAUUUAUUUUGUUGAUGUGGAUACCUAAACCAUUGUUUGAGGAAGUAUUUAACAUUCUAGCUUAGUAUUGCCAAUGCAAUUUACCAUUGUUUGAACCAUUUGUAUUGAAAUUAACUGGGCAACACGAAAAGCAAUGUUACUCACCAAAACUUCAUUUCUGAAAUGGAUACCUGCCUUGUUUGCUUUAUGGCUGCAUCAGACUGCAUGGGAAACGGCAGAGGCCAUCCAUCCAGACUGUGUCUUGGUGUCUCAACACGCGAAGGCCCUGGAGAAAGCCCGCAAGAGCUGUAUCCAGACACGCAGAGAGGAGGGUCGCAAUCGCUCUACCAGAACAGGGUGUCGUACAGAGUGGGAUGAGAUCUGGUGCUGGUACCGGGUAGAAGUCGGCCAGGUCGUUAAUGUCUCCUGCUCAGACGUCUCCCAGCUCUUUGCCAACGGUUACAUCUUCAGGAACUGUACAAAGGAUGGUUGGACAGAGUUGGACCCAAUAUAUGAAAAGGCCUGUGAGUUUGCUGGGGACUCAGAGACGGGAUCAAAGACAUACUUUUUGACCAUCAGUCAGGUCUACACCACUGGAUAUGCCACCUCUCUGAUCUCGCUUAUUUCUGCAAUCAUGGUCUUCACAAUGUUCAGGAAGUUCCACUGCACUAGGAACUACAUCCACAUCAACCUGUUCUCCUCGUUCAUCCUGAGAGCCAGUGCCGUAUUCAUCAAGGACGGGGUUCUUUUUGCUGACGAGAACGAUGAUCACUGCCUUAUGUCCUCCGCGUCUUGUAAGUCCGCAGUGGCCUUCUUCCAGUUCAGUAUCCUAGCUAACUACUUCUGGCUGCUAGUGGAAGGCAUGUACCUCCAGACCCUUCUUGCCCUCACGUUCGUCUCACACAAGAAGUACUUCUGGUGGUACACACUCAUUGGCUGGGGUCUCCCAACAACAAUAUUGUUAGUGUGGGUUCUGACACGCAACUUCUAUGAUAACAGAGGUUGCUGGGACGACACUGAUGUGACCUUUAUCUGGUGGAUCAUUAAAGGACCUAUAACCGCAUCAUUGCUGGUCAACUUCAUCAUCUUCAUUAAUGUAAUCCGCAUUCUGGUACAGAAGCUCAAGUUUCCAGGAGUUGGCGGCCAUGACACUGGUCACUUCAUGAGGUUGGCUAAGUCCACCCUGUUUCUGAUCCCUCUGUUUGGAAUGCACUACAUGGUGUUUGCAUUCCUACCUGAGAACACAGGAGAGGAGGCACGCAUCUUCAUAGAGCUGGGUCUGGGAUCUUUCCAGGGCUUUGUUGUGGCUCUGCUGUACUGUUUCCUGAAUGGAGAAGUGCAGGCAGAGCUGAAGAAACGUUUGUGGAAGUGGCAGGCUGAGGGCUACAUAAGCUACAGCAAGAGGAGACGUACCCUCUUCACCGAGAGCUCCACCGUUACACAGAUCUCCGUUCUGGAGAAGUCCUCCCACAAAGAGGUGCCGUGUGUCAGUGACUCACACUCGCUCGCACAUUCCCAUGCUCACGACUAUGUGCCGAGCUCCGCGGACAAACACGGGCUCACACACAGCUCAGUCUCUGACGACGCACACACCUUCACACGGAACUGUGAUUCAGUCUGCACCGAAACAUUCACAUACAACUCAACUGUUUGAGAGAACUAAAUAUUUGUUCCUCCUCCUUUCGCUUUUCUUUCUCCACCUCGGCUACUCCACCCUCUCAAGCAUUGCCUCCACCUUGACCCUGCAGUCCCCAGAUAACAAAUACAGCGGGGGGAACAAGUAUUUGAUACACUGCCGAUUUUGCAGGUUUUCCUACUUACAAAGCAUGUG